AAGAUACUAAUUUGUAAUAUUUAGAGCUCUGAUGCUCACUUUUAUGAGAAGGCUGAAUGGACAUUAUAAUUAUAUUUUUGGAAUUAUAGUCAGUAAUAACUGCUAUAAAUGUCAGUUGUACUUAGAAAAUUGGAAAUUGUGAUUAGCUAUAACAGUCAAUUAAACAUUACAAUUAGCUAUAAUUGAUGGUUACAAGUGGCAAUUAGAUAUAAUUGUCAGCUAUUAGUCGCUAUAAUUGCCUAUUGAACAUUGCAUCUUACAAGGCGCGGAUACAUAUAAUUGUCAAUUACAAUUUUGAAACUAACCAUUAUUGUCAGGUACAAGUCACAAUUAAUUAUAAUUGUCAGUUACAAGUUGCAAUUAGCUAUAAUUAACAUUUGCAAUUAACUACAAUUUCUAGCUGUAAGUGACAGUCUGACAAUUAUAGCUAAUUGUUACCAUCACUGUUACUUAUAGCUAAAAAAGACUUAUUGCAACUUAUGAUUAACAAUUAUGAAUAAAAUAUUCUUUUUGUGAUGUCAAUGCCACCCUUUCAUAUAGUGUCGAUUGGUAAUAUCAGUUUUUCAUAUGAUGUUAUGUUAAUUGCAGUGUCCAAAAAAAUUGCUCUGCCUUCAGAGCAUACAUGACUGUUUGGAAAAAUGCUUUUAUUCCAUGAAAACUUGUUUGUAGUAUCAGAAGUGCUUUGAGAAUCUUAAACUUAAAUACUAGUGUUGAGUGUUUCUUAUAAGUGAUUCUUUUAUAGCCCCAACAGGAUGCCUCACUAGGAGCAUGUGCAUUGCCACCUACGUCAGCUCCGGGAAAAGAAAACAUCAACAUGAACAUAUAUGGCCCUAGCACUUCAUCUGUAGAGGAAGCCAUUCAACUCGUCAGAAUCAGCGAGUCCAAGGACAAAACAUGCGGAAUCUGCUUUGAAAUAAUACUUGCCAAAGGAACUGGACCUAGCAAAAGAUUUGGGAUAUUGCCUAACUGCAACCAUUGUUUUUGUUUUACUUGUAUUAAAACUUGGAGACAGUGUAGAGAUGUAGAUUUAGAAGUAUCGAAAGCUUGCCCAGAAUGCAGAAUAGCUUCAGAUUUUGUGUAUCCCUCCAAGCACUGGCUAGAUAACAAAAAUGAAAAGACUAUGUUCAUAGACAACCAAAAACAAAGAAUGAAGAACUUAGAUUGCAAAUACUAUAGAAAGGGCAAAGGAACAUGUCCAUUUGGGAAUAAAUGUCUGUACAGACAUGCAUUGCCUAAUGGUAAAUUGAUAGAUGUUGGACCACCAAGACGCUUAAGAAGGAGUGAAGAUGGACCCACAGAUCUUGAGCACCUUGUUGAACAAGUGUUGUUACUGGGCCCAGAAAUGCUGGAAAGCGAUAGUGAUGAUGGUUUCGAUCUGGACUUAAGUGAUCCGUUAAUCGCCAUCCAGUAUUAUGAUAAAGAUGACAUCGAAUACUACAUCGCCAUGGACCAGUUGAUGAAUGUUCAAGAGGAGCUUGACAUUUCCGAUGAUGGCGAUGAAACUGAUUAUGAUGAUUGCUGUUGAGUUAAGACUUUCAACAAAUAGUUCAACUGCUCGAACGUAUGCAAUUCAACAUUGAACGUGAGUUGUUGUACCCAGAUGAACACUCUUCUGAAGAUGUCCUUUCCGACUAUAUUUUGUAACUUAAAACUGUUUAUAUGUUUCUUUGAAAUUUUUUAGUUUGUCUCUAUAUCACUAUUUUGUUUUUUGUUACAUAUUCUAAAAGAUAGACCAGGGGAAGGGCGUUUUUGAAACAGGUACCAGCAAAUAGUCAUUAACCGUAUUUCGCAAUCAUAAAUGAGCAUUCCUCUGAAGAUGAGCAACAGUCAAAGUCUGCUGAACGCACCUACUCCACAGUAUACGGUAUUUUUGUAGACUCUGUGAAUCUAAUAUCUGUCUCGAUUGACUGUUUACUACCUACUUACUUUUAUAAAUACAGGGUGUCCGCAAAGCUGAGACUUUACACGGCGUAUAGAACUUAAAAAAAUACGUGGUUUUUCCUAGUAGCAUUGUUACCGAAGUCUUGACAUAACCAAGAUAUUAGGCUCCGCAAAAUCAAUCAAACCUAAUCCGCUCCUGUAUCUCGAUCAGAUCAAAAUUUGUGAAGGCACGACGCACAUCAGUACUCAAUCCAGGCGCCUGCAGCGUAGGUAAACAAAACAUUUAUUUACCAAUCGGUUCGAAAAAAAAAAGAAUGGCACACUUAUAGAGCAAUAUCGAACUUGUAGUCAUGAUUUUAAUUUAUGGUGAGUGUGUGUGUGAGUGCAUUUUUGUGAGUGGUUUUGUACCAACAUGAAAAUAAUCCGGAGUUGAAGUGCAUAUUACUCACGGACGAAUCACCUUCACGCGUAACGUAGUGAACAUCUUCCGAAAUACUCAAGUGUGGUUAUCGGAAAAUCGUCACGUAGUCCGUGGGUUACAUUUUUAACAAUCAUCUUUGAAUGGUUUGGCCGGCAUGGUAAAUUGUAUUACAAUACCUAGACUUUCUACAAAAUACAUACUACCAAAGGCGACAACUUCGUACAGUACUUAUGUGACAGAGCCGUACUUGAAAUUUCUCUACAAAUGAACGGCGAGUACCUAAUUUUUUUCCACUACUGGUUUAUCAAACAUUAGCUUUGUUAUUUCAAGAGUAGUUGUUUCUGAAAAGUCCCAACUUACAGGACACGCUGUAUUACCCGUUCCCAAAAUGCCCUUCGGUUUUGCCCCAAAAACAUAUUUUUAUUUUAAUAUUUUUUGUAUUAAGGUUUUAUUUACCUGUGAAACAGAACGAUUUAAAAAAUACAAACAUUUAGGAAAAUGUCUGGAACGCAAAUUCGGUAAUUGAAAUUUUAUCCGAAUAUGGCGACAUCAUGUAUCUCGACGGUAUUUAAGUCCUACGAUAUAUAUAAAUAUAUAAAUUUUUCGCAUCAUCUUUAAAAUAUUCUAUGAAACGCAAAAUGAAACAAAUCAC